CAAGGACAGCGCUCGCCCGCGAGCGUCGCAUCAGCUCUAUUAGCAGAACAACAGCAGACGGACAGAGAAGGGGACGAUACGCGACGCAUCACAGAUUUUUGCUGACGGGCUCCAUAUCGCAUGAGACAUGCUUGAUCUGCGGAUCUGCAACCUCAGUUAAUAAGGGAAAUCUAGAGAAAGGCUGCAAUGCAUGUGGGAGUUUAUGUUGUAUACAGCAAAUGCCAUUGCAGAAAUGUGUGGUUAGAACCAGGGACCAUGAGCAUGUCGCCAAAGUGGGUGUGAAUUUUGCACCUGGGAUUUUUGUUUUCUAAAAAGCGGCACUCUGGACACUGGUUUUAUUCCCCAAUACCGAAUAACUAAAGUGCUCGCCGAGGGCGCAUCUCUACGACCCUCCAGCAGCACUAAGUGGGAACGAAACUGGGGCUCUCCGUGCGCUGUUUUAGCCGUCCACACGAUGCGUCUAUUUCUGUUGGCCGUGUUCUUCUCCUGCUCUUGCGUGCGGGGCGGCUGCGAGCCCAAGAUUGUGAACAUUGGGGCCGUCCUGAGCCAGAAAAGAUACGAGCAGGUGUUCAAAGAUGCGGUCACCCAAGCGAAUCAGGUGUACGGAGGGAAUAAAUUCAAGUUGACCGCCAUCUCUGUCACUCACAAAGCCAAUGCGAUUCAGAUGGCUCUGUCGGUGUGUGAAGAUCUCAUAUCCAGCCAGGUGUAUGCCAUCUUGGUGAGCCAUCCACCACAGUCUAAUGACCAUCUAACACCCACGCCGGUCUCCUACACUGCAGGAUUCUACCGUAUCCCUGUAGUAGGGCUCACCACCAGGAUGUCCAUUUAUUCAGACAAGAGCAUCCAUCUCUCUUUCCUUCGUACGGUGCCACCCUAUUCCCACCAGGCACACGUAUGGUUUGAUAUGAUGCGAGAAUUCCGCUGGAAUCACAUCAUUUUAAUUGUCAGCGACGAUCAUGAAGGCAGAGCCGCGCAGAAAAGACUCGAAACUCUGCUGGAGGAGAAAGAGACCAAGAAUAAAAAAAGGAACUAUGAAAACCAAGACCAACUGUCCUAUGACAACAAGAGAGGACCUAAGGCAGAGAAAGUGCUUCAGUUCAACCAAGAGACUAACUUAACUGCCCUGCUCCUGGAGGCCAAAGAGCUGGAAGCACGAGUGAUCAUACUUUCUGCCAGUGAGGAGGAUGCAGCCGCCGUGUACAAAACAGCACGCUUCCUCAACAUGACAGGCUCGGGCUAUGUGUGGCUGGUGGGAGAGCGUGAGAUGUCCGGUAAAGCUUUGAGCGAGGCCCCAGACGGGCUGAUUGGCCUCCAGCUCAUCAACGGAAAGAAUGAGUCGGCGCACAUCAGCGACGCUGUUGCCGUUGUAGCCCAGUCUAUCCAGGAACUCUUUGAGAAAGAGAAUAUCACGGAACCGCCAAGGGGCUGCGUGGGCAAUACCAACAUCUGGAAGACUGGGCCACUCUUCAAAAGAGUGUUGAUGUCAUCGAAGUACCCAGAGGGCCUGACAGGACGUGUAGAGUUCAAUGACGACGGAGAUAGAAAAUAUGCACAUUACAGCAUUCUGAACUACCAAAAAAGCAGACUGAUACAAGUUGGCAUCUACAAUGGAACACAGGUGGUGAUGAAUAAACAGAGGAAGAUCAUUUGGCCCGGAGGUGAAACGGAGAGGCCGAGAGGAUUCCAGAUGUCAACCAGAUUAAAGAUAGUGACCAUUCAUCAGGAACCAUUUGUGUAUGUAAAGCCAACUUCGCUGGAUGGGACCUGCAAAGAGGAGUACACACCUAAUGGAGUCUUAAUUAAAAAGGUGAUCUGCACUGGACCAAAUGAGACCAUCCCAGGUAACACAUCAGGACGCCCAAUAGUUCCCCAAUGUUGUUAUGGGUUUUGUGUUGACCUUCUGAUCAAGUUGGCAAUGACCAUGAACUUCACCUAUGAAGUGCACCUAGUGGCAGAUGGAAAAUUUGGAACACAGGAAAGAGUGAAUAACAGUAACAAGAAGGAAUGGAAUGGCAUGAUGGGUGAGCUCCUGGGUGGCCUUGCAGAUAUGAUUGUUGCUCCAUUGACAAUUAACAAUGAACGAGCCCAGUACAUAGAAUUUUCCAAGCCUUUUAAAUACCAAGGACUCACUAUCCUCGUGAAAAAGGAAAUUCCUCGCAGUACGCUGGACUCGUUCAUGCAGCCAUUCCAAAGCACACUGUGGCUACUGGUGGGUCUAUCGGUGCAUGUGGUGGCGGUGAUGCUUUACCUACUAGACCGGUUCAGCCCAUUUGGAAGGUUUAAAGUAAACAGUGAAGAAGAAGAAGAGGAUGCCCUCACCUUAUCUUCAGCUAUGUGGUUUUCUUGGGGAGUCUUGUUGAACUCUGGAAUUGGAGAAGGUGCCCCACGUAGUUUUUCAGCAAGAAUUCUGGGAAUGGUGUGGGCUGGCUUCGCUAUGAUCAUAGUAGCCUCUUAUACUGCCAAUCUGGCUGCCUUUCUGGUGUUGGACCGGCCUGAGGAGCGCAUCACCGGCAUCAACGACCCAAGGCUGAGGAACCCAUCAGACAAGUUCAUUUAUGCUACAGUAAAGCAAAGCUCGGUGGAUAUUUACUUCCGCCGUCAGGUUGAGCUGAGCACCAUGUACCGCCACAUGGAGAAGCAUAACUACGAGAGCGCCGCUGAAGCCAUCCAGGCUGUUCGGGACAACAAGCUGCAUGCUUUCAUCUGGGACUCUGCGGUGCUGGAGUUUGAAGCCUCGCAGAAGUGCGACCUGGUGACCACGGGAGAGCUGUUUUUCCGUUCGGGCUUUGGCAUAGGCAUGCGUAAGGACAGCCCCUGGAAACAGAAUGUGUCCCUGGCUAUUCUCAGUUCCCAUGAGAAUGGCUUCAUGGAGGACCUAGAUAAAACCUGGGUGAGAUACCAGGAGUGUGACUCAAGAAGCAAUGCCCCAGCCACACUCACUUUUGAGAAUAUGGCAGGGGUCUUUAUGCUAGUUGCUGGAGGCAUUGCAGCAGGGAUCUUUCUCAUCUUCAUUGAGAUUGCGUACAAGCGCCAUAAAGACGCCCGCAGGAAGCAGAUGCAGCUAGCCUUUGCGGCCGUCAAUGUUUGGAGGAAGAACCUACAGCCCUCUUCCUCUGUAGAGACUCAGGAUGAUAGGAAAAGUGGUAGAGCAGACAGCGACGCAAAAAAGAAACCCUCUUUUAGGUCCAUCAGUACAACCCUGGCCUCCAGCAUCAAGAGACGUAGGUCCUCCAAAGACACGCAAUUCCCACCCACAGACAUUACGGGCCAACUCAACUUGUCUGACCCAUCUGUCAGCACAGUGGUGUGAGGCAAAGAGAGGGAGAGUUUAGAAAGUGAUAAAGACAUGUUCAUUCUUUAGAAACAAACAAGAUGGACCUUGAGGGGAAAAGAGUUGUAUUCCCACUCCUCUAGAUUUGCACAAUGGAUCCAUCACGAACGAGAACAACUGAGCCAAUUCACUUUUAUGGGGAGCCAACAGACCUCUUCAUCAGAUGCAGAACCCAUCAGUAUGGCCGACUGCAGGGGAUGGCAUGCCACUGCAAUGCAGUGGAGUGCUGCGAACACACAAACACAUACACCUUCACAGCUUGAUACUAAACUUAUUAUACAUUAUACAGUUCUGAAUAAAUUUGUUCUGUUUAUGUAGAAACAUUUCUUAAUAGUAUAGUGAUUAUUUUUAUGUUGAUUAAGUGGUUUAAGUAUUGUACAGUAUAAUUUGAUUACAAUUAUUUAGAACAAACAGAUUUCUUCAUUUGUAGAGGCCGAUUCUAAGGCCAGUAUUUAACAAACUAACUAGUUGUAGUAGGUAUUAAGUUUAAUUCAUCAUUUACAUAUGACUUUGAAACAUAUUUAUCUACUUUAAACAUUUAGUUUUACUUGCUUUUUGUUUACUGUUUUCCAUUAUUUGUCUAUCUAUAAAACGAAAUAUCAGCCAAUGAAGUGAAUUCAAAUAUCAUUUUCUUUGCCCAUGAGAGGAACUUUUUUAGCCAGCCAACCCUAAGCAUGUAAUAUGCAUGCAAAUUUAUUCUUCAAGUCUUAUGGUAAACAAAUAUAUACACAUCUAUAAAUCAUCCACCCUCUUCCCAACAUAAAGAAUUGAUACAGCAUUAUUAAUGUUUAAAAUGUAAUAUUUUAGGUCUGAUAAGUGGAUUAUUGUACUUUGCACACCACUUUAUUACAAACUCUCCUUCCAUCUACCCUAAAUGUGACAUCUUAGAAGAGUUCUUCCUCUUUUAAAGUCCUUAUGCAGUUUUUCUCAGCUUCAGUCUAAAGGGUGCAUCAAAGGGCCCGGUUUUCCAUCUAACUAGCAUUUGGCCUCUCACGCAAACCAUCUCUAUGUCAUCCUCGAAGAUGAAUUUAGAGACCUUUUACAUGAGAAAACCCCAAGUGCUGUCCUACUUUUGAUUCUGGUGCUACAGUUUUUGUAUACACCUAUUGGUUAGAUGUAAAAACUGGCCGUUUCCCAAGUUCUGGGGUUGAGAAACAUCAACAAAGCUGCACUAAUAAAGACUGCUUACUGUAAAUGUUCACUCACUGCUAUUUAUAUAAACUGUGGAAACUCCCCUGUAAGAGAUAUCACUUAUCUAGCACUUUAAUGUGAAUUUUGUCAGAAGCUAUAUGCAUAUAGAAAUUAUGCAAUUUGCCAAAUGUUGAUUGUAAUAUUCAUACUUGAUAUGAAAAUGCACAUUUGAGAAUGCGAAAUAUGUAAAACUGUCAGCUGUUUGUUUUUAACAAAUCAGUUCUUUUUUAGUUGUCAUAUGGAUAUCAAAACUGAGAUUUAAAAAGAUUUAUUUCAGAAAUAUAAGCUCAACCUUGUCAAACUCCUCCUGUACAUACAUUCUCUGUUGACUACUAUAAUUUCAAAUGGGCUUUUGCUUUUACUGUUUUUAAACUGACAGGUGUAUAACGGUAUGUUUUUCUCAAUGCUUGGGUCAAUGAAUGUGGUUUGUUGAAGGCCUAAUCAGUGUAAACUUCUUGGACUACUAGAUUGUCAUGUGAUUUUGAGAAAAUGUUGAUAAAAAGGAGUGUUUUUAUGAGAAACUGUCACAUUGUAAAUGACACACACACACACAGUCAUUCAAAUUAUGUCACAUAUCUACAUGCAUAAACACACAUAUACUGAGAGUUAGUCUUAUUCUGUGUGCUACAUCUAUGUUCAAGUUAAUUUGAGAUAUUUCCUUAAAUGAAAACAUGUUUGCAUUUUGAAAACAAUAUAUGUAUCUUUACCUAGCAUAUCUGUGUGUGCCAAUAAAAUUGUGCCAUGUCAGCUGCAGACCACAA